CCCAUUGUUACCUUUAAAUUUGCUCUCUUAUAAUCCGUCCUUUUAACUUCUUCCUCUCAUUUUGUUUUUCCUUGCAUAUUUUUUUAAACAAACAUCCAACUGAAGAAUUUCAGUUUUACCAAUUCUACUUUCCAAAUGAUUAAAAAAUUACCACAAGAAACUAACACUCUAAGAUCUCAUUGAAGAAUAAAAGAGUGAACGAUACACAAAGUUUUGAGAGAGAAAAAAAGUAAGAGAUGGAUAGGCUUAUUAGUCUAGAACCAUCAAACACGGUUACAAUCCGGAUCGAACCCGGGCAAAAAUGCUACGGCGAGGUAACUUUGCGGAACGUAAUGUACACUAUGCCGGUGGCAUUCCGGCUUCAACCGAUGAACAAAACCAAAUAUUCCGUCAAGCCGCAAUCCGGGAUCAUCUCCCCCCUCAUGACUAUUUCCGUGGAGAUAACUUAUCAUAUCCCUCCGAAUUCGAGUCUUCCCGAUUCUUUCCCGUAUUCGGAUGACUCGUUUCUCUUGCACAGCGUGGUGGCACCGGGGGCUUCCGCCAAGGACUCGUCCUCGAUGUUCGAUGCCGUCCCUAACGAUUGGUUCACGACGAAAAGGAAGCAAGUUUUCAUUGACAGCGGAAUCAAAGUCAUGUUUGUAGGUUCGCUAGUUUUGGCUCAGCUUGUUUCGAGAGGCACGAUGGACGUGAUUCGGGAGGCGUUGGAAAAGAGCGAUCCGUCGUGGAAGCCGGCCGAUUCGGUGGACGCCGAUGGCCAGACUUUACUUCACUUAGCUAUAGCUCAAAGCCGACCUGAACUGGUUCAACUCAUCCUCGAGUUUAAUCCGGAUAUGGAGGCUCGAAGCCGGUCUGGUUCAACUCCUUUGGAAGCCGCCGCGGCAUUGGGAGAGGCUCUAAUAGUGGAGCUCUUAUUAGCCCACCGCGCCAACACCGAGAGAUCUGAGUCCACGUGGGGACCCAUCCAUCUCGCUGCUGGUGGGGGCCACGCCGAGGUUUUGAGGCUUCUUUUGUUGAAGGGCGCCAAUGUUGACGCGCUAACAAAAGACGGAGACUCGGCUCUUCACUUGGCGGUGGAGGAACGGAGGCGGGAUUGCGCCCGGCUCCUCCUGGCGAAUGGCGCCCGCGCGGAUAUUCGAAAUGGUGGCGAUGGAGACACUGCACUUCAUAUUGCGGCCGGGUUAGGCGACGAACAGAUGGUUAAACUCCUUCUCCAAAAGGGAGCGAAUAAAGACAUCCGGAACCGGAAUGGAAGGACGGCUUACGACGUUGCAGCCGAGCACGGGCACAGCCGGCUUUUCGACGCGCUUCGUUUGGGAGACAGCUUAUGCGCCGCAGCUCGGAAGGGAGAAGUGAGGACCAUACACCGGCUACUCGAAACCGGGGCGAUUAUCAAUGGCCGCGAUCAACAUGGAUGGACCGCACUCCAUCGCGCGUCGUUCAAAGGGAAACUCGACGCGGUCCGGACCCUAAUCGAAAAUGGGGUGGACGUUAACGCGAGAGAUGAAGACGGAUACUCCGCGUUACAUUGCGCGGUCGAAUCCGGCCAUGCGGAGGUGAUUGAAUUGCUAGUGAAAAAGGGAGCUGAUGUUGAAGCGAGGACUAACAAGGGGAUUACCGCUUUGGAAAUUGCCGAAUCGUUGCAUUAUUCGGGGAUUACGAGGAUAUUAGUCCUCGGAGGGGCUGUAAGAGAUGGAGGAUCAGUGUCCCAAAAUGCGAGCAAGUCGACCCAAAUUUCACAUAAGAAGGGGAUUUCUGCAGGUAGGGAAAUGGAAUUUGGAGCGACGAAAAAGAAGUCGAUGAAUCGGACUAAAGUUCGUCGUGAAAGCUUUGAUCGUACUCUCCCAUUGGCUGUGAUUUAGGUCAUUUAUCUAGCUAAUACAUAGUAUCAUUUAUCAUAAGUUUAAUUUGAAGGAAUUGAUGGCCUAAUGAUCGAUUCUUUCAUGUCUUCAAAUGAGAUUAUUAAUUGUAAUUUACUUUGAAAAUUACUUGUAGUUUUUUUUGUUACACAUAUAAUGAUUAAGAAUCACAUUUCAGGGAGAAACAAAAGGUCAUGUGGCCAAGUGUACGUCACUCUCACUUGUAUGAUAAAUAAAUCUACCUUACCAGGAUAUUUGUAGAUUGUCGGAUUCUAUCUAAGAAACUAAAGAUAUGAGCUUUAUGCAACACUCGUUG